CUAAUACAUGUGCAUAUUCCAUUUUCGUCAGUACUUGCGAGCGCAGUCGCACACAAACGUCACGCAGAUGAGCGCAUGAAAUACUUAAAUUGAUGAAGUGGACGUAAAGAGAGCAAUGUACGUGAAAUUUCUUCUCAACGUGACACCGUCAAGUUUCACCAGCGAAGCUGCGCGAGUGUCGGCAUCGCUCACCUGCUGGCGGGACUUCUGCUAACGUGACCGCCCAGCAUGCCAGACGCUCGGGAGGAGGAUUACGUCUCGCUUGUGUCCGAGGAGUGACAGUUCCACCAUGGAGGAGAAGUUCAGUCGACUCAUCUUCAUCCCCAUCGCGGCCGUGCUCUGCUUCAUGAUCGGCUACCAGUACGUGUGUCCCGCGGAGAGUAACACCUGCUACUUUCGACGUGAAGAGAGUCGCCUUUUCGAACAGUAUCCAUCCAUCCUCCACACCGGAGAGCAGCCGGAGGAGGACCUCGCCGCCAAGACCCCGUUCAGAUUUAACUUCACGGAGCGCGACCUGGACAGGCACGUGGACUUUGACAUCCGAGGAGAUGACGUGAUGGCGUUCCUGCACAUCCAAAAGACCGGAGGAACCACGUUCGGGCGACACCUGGUGAAGAACAUCCAGCUGGAGCAGCCCUGCGAAUGCACGCCCGGCCAGAGGAAAUGCACGUGUCACCGGCCCGGGAAAAGCGAGUCGUGGCUCUUCUCACGCUUCUCCACUGGUUGGAGUUGCGGCUUGCACGCAGACUGGACGGAGCUAACUAGCUGCGUCCCAGUGGUGAUGAACAAGCGGGAUAAAAAGAGUUCACGAAAGAGAAAAAGGAAUUUCUACUACAUCACCAUGCUACGUGACCCUGUGUCCCGAUACCUUAGCGAGUGGAAGCACGUACAACGCGGCGCCACCUGGAAAACCGCCCUCCAUAUGUGCGACGGCCGUCCGGCCACUGAGGAUGAACUACCCGCCUGCUACAGCGGCGAGGACUGGACUGGCGUGACCCUGGCGGAUUUCAUGAAUUGCCCCUCCAACCUGGCCAACAACCGGCAAGUGCGUAUGCUAGCCGACCUCAGUCUGGUAGGCUGCUACAACAUGUCGUCCAUGAACGAGCUGGAACGAGGCCGCGUGCUGCUCGCUAGCGCCAAGGCGAACCUUCUCAACAUGGCCUUCUACGGUCUGACGGAGUACCAACGUAAGACGCAGCACUUAUUCGAGCGGACGUUCAACCUGCGUUUCAUUCGGCCUUUCACGCAAAUCAACAGCACGCGUGCCGCUAGCGUGGGUAUCGACAAGAAAGCGCAGUGGCGCAUCGAGGGCUUGAACGCCCUCGAUAUGGAGCUCUACGAAUACGCCAAGGAGCUUUUCCUUCGUCGCUACCAGUACAACCGUCAAAAGCAGCAUCAGGAGGAGCGUCUCCGGCGGCGACAGGAGAGGCAGCGGCUGCACAGGACCUACCUGGCAGAGUUGCUGAGAUUAGGCGGAGGGGAAGACGAAAUGGAAGAUAUGAAGUUCCUUACCACUACAGAGGACUAUAACAGUCAGGUUGUGCGAUGGUGAGAAGGACAAAACAUUAACCAAAUUGGUCCGUGUACAUUUCGGUUAUUUUUCUUCUAAUUUCAGAAAAAGGAAAAUGGAAAACAAGCCUAUUUCCAAUCGUGCGUGUCAACAAAAACGGGGAAUAAAUCGCCUUCUGUUUCCCGAUUCAGACAUUUGUAAAAAAAAAAAAAAAAAAAAAAAAAAAAACAGAAAACAAACCGUUAGCAAUUGUUCCCUUAUAAGUUUAUUUAACGCUAUUUGGCAAAUAAGAUUUUAAAGCAACACUAGGUAACUUUUCAACCUUUAUAAAAUAUUUUCAUAACAUUUGUGAUGAUGUAUUCACUGACAACUAGGGUUGUUCCGAUCAUGUUUUUUUUGCUCCCGACCCGAUCGUUUUAUUUUGAGUAUCUGCCGAUCCCGAUAUUUCCCGAUCCGAUUGGUUUUUUUUGCUCCCGAUUCAAUUCCAAUCAUUCCCGAUAAUUUUUCCCGAUCAUAUACAUUUUGGCAAUGCAUUAAGAAAAAAAUGAAUAAAACUCGGACGAAUAUAUACAUUCAACAUACAUUACAUAAGUACUGUAUUUGUUUAUUAUGACAAUAAAUCCUCAAGAUGGCAUUUACAUUAUUAACAUUCUUUCUGUGAGAGGGAUCCACGGAUAGAAAGACUUGUGACUUUGUAUAUUGUGACUAAAUAUUGCCUUCUAGUGUAUUUGUUGAGCUUUCAGUAAAUGAUACUGCACCCAUUCAAACCAAAUGCAUGAUGGGAAGUGGAACCAUGACUGUGCGUAGUGCUACCAAUUGAUAUAUCUUCUCUGCGUUGGGAAAUAACGUAAGGUGUUAAGAAAAAGAUUAAUUGCUACCUUGCUUCCCCACAUUGCUCCCCAUGAUAUUUUCAAUCGUAGGGAGAGGGAUUGUAAGGCUUUAGCAAAUUAAAAAUGGUUCCAAAGGCUGCUAAAAUUCACUCUAUUCAUUUUGCGCUGCCUUUUGUAUCUCUAUAUAGGUAAAACGGCGCCAUUACAGAUUGAGCGCGACAAUGCGUGAGUGGGUCGUGCAGCGCAUGCAUUAUUUGCGUUAAAUAUUUUAACGUGAUAUAUUUUUAUAAAAAUUUAUUACUGCCGUUACUGGAAUAAAUUUGAUAACCCUACCUUAAGCCUAAACUAAAGACUCUGGCUGAGUGUAACAUAUUAUGUCUGUAACGUUAAAUACAAUUAGAAAACGAUUUAAUUAAAAAAUAUAUAUAUUAAAAAAAGGCAUGGCCGAUAUUUUUUUGCCGAUUCCGAUACUUUGAAAAUGACGUGAUCGGACAUGCCGAUCGAUCUGGACAUCUCUAAUUGUUAAACUAGCUAACAAUGCGGCAGAGUAAGAAGCAGAAGAAGAAAGUCUUCUGUGUCACAGAAAAACAAAUAAUGGUUGUAUUUGUUGUUGUUCGAUUUGUUUUCUGUUAUUGUGGAGUCUGUGGACGACGAUUCAUUUCCCGUUUUUUUUCCCGACACACAUAACAACAAAAAAGUUAUCUUUUUCCCAAAAUCGGAAGAAAAAACGAUUGGCCGAAAGGUAACACGGACUGAAACUGACUCUGAAUCCCUCCUUUUGCCGUCAAUCUGCCAAAUUCUGUCUCCCUUUGUUGGCUGGCCAAAAGGUGUCUUAAUAUUUAUGAUGGAUGUAUUUGUAACAUUUUGUAUGUGUUGUUUCUUAAGGCUAUUUUUGGCACUGCAGUUGUGAAACGCGUUUUAUUUUAAUGAACAAAGCAAAAUGUUUUGUACGUUUGGCUUAUUGUUAGAAGAAACUGGCUAAAGGGUUCCUUUGUGUAAUACUCUAGCAAUGUUGACUAUUGAAAAAUUGUAUUUAUGUUGUGGCUAGGUCAGAAAAUCAAAGCACAAACUUGGCUGUAGUCUUUCUUUUCACUCGCUCAUUGACCUCCUCCAGUGGAAUGCAAUCAGAGCGGUUCCUUUGCAAAAAUUGUGUCAAUAAAAAUAUAUAGCAUC